CUCUCACUCUCUCCCUCCUCCUGCUUCCUCAACCUCCCUCCUCGUACCGCAUCAACAACCUCCCCCCCCUUAUCGCCCAACGCGCUCCCGGUUGCUACGUCUCGCGGGCAACCCCGAACCAUCUGGUUGCGCGACGCCGGCAAGCCAUUGACGGCCCCCCGUGGCAUCGCUGCCCGCCCGGCCCCCUGGACGGACCGCCUGGCCUGAGCGACGCGCUCCGUGCCGCAGUCCCAUCGCCUCGCCCGCUGGGGAUUCGUAGUCCCUGCCGCUCGUUCACCUCGCGCGACGACGAUCGAUCCCAUCGAAUUCUACCCAUCUCUUUCUUUUGCUCCCCAUUUCUCGCGAGAUUGAGGACGCCAGGCCAUCCGCACGUCUGGUCGUGCUUCGGCGCCUUGGGUUUUUGGGACGCGCAUAGUCGGCUCUGGCCCGGGUUUUUUUUUUCUAAUAUCCUUUGCCCCCUGAUUGUAAUAAUCUCGUCUCGCAUCCCGUCCAACAACCCCAGACCCGCCCCGACGCGACCCAAAAACUGCCGUCAAAGCCAUUUCAUCGUCUUCCUUGGUUCUUGACUUUAUCUCUCGCUCCUGCCACCGAGGCGGGUUCGUCGACACCAUGGAUUUGAUCCGGCGGGCGUCCAGGAUGGCCUCAUCGGCCCAGCCGUUGCGGCUACCGACACUCGACAACGAAAAGCGAGCACCAUCGAAGCGAAAGGGCCUUGCAUCGCAGCUUGCCUUUUUCCGCCGGCCUCUGCGUCUGCGCGGCAACUCGACCGUCUCCGUACCGCUCGGCGUUGUCAUCGUCUUCCCGCUUCUCGUCAUCAUCUUGAUUCUCGUUUUGUUCGUGAGGCACCCGAGCUCGCCUGGCAGGAUACUCAUGCCUGCCGGUGCGCCCCCGGCGAUCCGGAAAAUCAGCGAGAAGCACGACAAGGUCUUCGUGACUGGUUGCCUCGACCCCGAUACCAGCAAGCCCCGCGCCAACGCCGCAUUCGUCGUCCUCGCCAGAAACAAGGAGCUGGAUGGCGUCAUUCAGUCCAUCAAGUCGGUCGAGCGCCACUUCAACCGCUGGUAUCACUACCCGUACGUUUUUCUCAACGACGGCGACUUCGACGAUCACUUCAAGGAGGUCGUUCGAAACUACACAUCUGCCAACGUCGAGUUCGGCAAGGUUGGACCCGACAUGUGGGGCUUCCCUGAUUGGAUUGAUCCCAAGGUUGCCAAGGAGGGCAUCGCCAAGCAGGGAGACGCAGCCGUCAUGUACGGUGGGCUGGAAAGUUACCAUGCCAUGUGCCGCUUCUACUCCGGCUUCUUCUACAACCAUGAGCUUCUGCUCAAGUACGAUUGGUACUGGCGCGUCGAGCCCGAGAUUACCUACUUUUGCGACAUUACCUACGAUCCGUUCCUGAAGAUGAUCGAGAACAACAAGACGUACGGCUUUACCAUUGCUGUCAAAGAACUUCGAGAAACCGUCCCCAACAUCUUCCGGUACGCGUCGGCCUAUAAGCGACUCAAUAACAUCACUUCUCAGGGACUGUGGGAGAUGUUUGUCGAGCCGCAGGACCCCAAGAAGGAGGAGAACAAGGACCCCAAUCUCCCCGAGGAAGUCCUACAGAACGACCCGAACAGGCACGCCGCACCGCCCAUCGACCCCGAGGCUAUGGAGGGCGAAAAGUACAACAUGUGUCACUUCUGGUCCAACUUUGAGAUUGCGCGACUCGACUGGUUCCGCAGCAAGGAGUACAAUGACUUCUUCGAGAUGAUGGAUCGGAGCGGCGGCUUCUGGAUGGAACGAUGGGGUGAUGCUCCAAUCCACUCCCUCGCCGCCGGCGCUCUUCUCGGCCCCAAGGACAUCCACUACUUCCGAGACUUUGGCUACAGGCACACAACCAUCCAGCAUUGCCCAGCAAACGCUCCCGCGCGACAGCUCCCGCGCAAGCCAUACCUCGAGAUGACGACGCUCGACGAGAAGAAGCGCAUCGAGGAGGACCAGUACUGGGAGAACUACGAUGAGCCCAAGGAGAACGGUGUCGGCUGCCGCUGCAGGUGUGACACUGACAUUGUGGAUGUCGAAGGCAAGGAGGGCUCAUGCUUAGCGGAAUGGGUCGAUGUUGCGGGCGGCUGGGCAAGCCCCUAAGCACAGAACAGUCCGUGAGGCGAACGCAGACACUCGCAACACGGCGCCGCGCCCGUACCCAAGCGAAGGACGGUGCGCCGGGGUUUGCUACCAGCAACCCCGCGUACGGUCUGUCGACGCAGCAUCGGCAAGAACUUUUGACGCCGCUUGAGCGGACUGGAGAGGUCAAUGGAGGGCUUGAACAGGGGCGGAACACACAGAUCUAUACGCAGCGACGUCAUCAAACGGGAUUGGGGAAAGGCGUUGGGCUUUUACACGCAGACAGCCACAGGCAUGAAUGGCCCGGCCGACAGCGCGGCGCCUCAUCUAGGAUAGGGAUGGACUGCGAGACAUGAUUUACGCAUCAGGCUUUUUGCGGACAGGUAGGUGGCCGGGCCUACCCUGUGUCUGAUAGAGAGGGGGCGCAUUUGUCUGAACCGCAGCGAGAGUUUGGGGUGUUUUUGACUGUUGACGCAUGGGGCGCGGCUCUUGUGCAUUUUGGAUUAGCGAACAGUCCUAAUUACUGUAC